AUGGAGAAGUCCAAAGAACCCCCGACAAAACCGGUAUGGCGGCGUUUGCGGGUGCCAAAGAUGCAGCACCAGCUGAAAUCGUCGCUACCACGAGUGCUCAGCCGCUAUGCUCGCAGUGACAAUGCGCGCAGGCGAGCGGUGAAGGGUGAAAUCCAGGCCUUUGGCAUCAUGCCGGCUCGUAGCGAACCGAAUGAAGAGGACAGCCUACCGCUGCUGGCCAGCUGGCAACUGCUGGGUCAGGGUGUCCUUCAUUCGAGGCCAGCGCAGCUUUUGCGCCCACCGCCUUUCGGAGGUCAGCGCUUCGUCUUUUCCGCGGCCACAGCGGCGGCUGCGAAGCUCGCCGCGCGGUGCGCGCUGCGCUUGCUGCGGCGAGCGCUGGGGAUGGAGCGGCAGCAUCACCCCUCGGCGUUGAGGAACCGGCAGCCCAUUCUGGAGGUGCUGCAGAAGACGCUGCCGGCGGAAGGCCUGGUGCUGGAGAUUGGCUCAGGGAGCGGCUGCCACGUGGAGCAUUUCGCCCCCAACUUCCCGAAGCUGACAUGGCAGCCCAGCGAAUUCGUUGAGGGCAGGGAAUCGGUGCUUCAGGACAUCGACUCAGUGGGCUGCAAGGCCUUUCCCAACGUGCGCCCGGCGGUGCCGUUGGACGCCUCCCGAGACUUCGCGGAGUGGCCGGAGCCGGUGCGCGGCAACCAGGGCACGUUUGCCGCCGUCUACUUCUCGAACAUCACCCACAUCAGUCCCUGGAAGGUGACCUGCGGCAUCCUGGCGGGCGCGGCUGCUGCCCUCAUGGAGGGCGGCCUGCUGAUCGCCUAUGGGCCCUUCAAGGUGAACGGGGAGUUCACAACGGAGAGCAAUGCAGAUUUUGACGUGAGCCUUAGGGCGCGCAACGCCGAGUGGGGCUACCGAGACAUCGACGACAUCGCGGCAGAAGCCAAGAAGUGCGGCCUCGUGAUGGUGGGGAAGCAGGAUAUGAGGACGUCGCCUGUGGUAUUUGUGAACAUUCCCAGAGCAUUCGCCAUUCGGGAAGCCUUUCAGCAGGACAGUGGGAAGGUGGGAAGAUCUCACAACUUUGAGUUGGAGGAGGAGGAGGAGGAGCCUGGCGCCUUGGGACAGCUGAGGCACCUCUUCGAUUUUCCAGAUCGGCGCAGGCCAGCCGUUGGCUCUCCGAAGGCCGAGGCAAAGCCAACCUUUGCGCAGCUCCGCAAGAAGCACGGGCGCUUGCGAUUCCCGCGCCUGGCAGAGAAGGCAGGCUAUGACGAGGAACUGAACCGACGCAAUGCGGCGCUGGCCGCAGGCCGGCGCAGGGAGUCUACUCCCAAUGAAUCGGACGAGGAGGACGAGCUCGAGGAGCGCUCCUUGGACACUCGCUCCUUCUGGACUAUGGGAAGCACGACUGGUUCCACCUUCUACUCCAGCUACUCCAGUCAGCGCGCGCUCCGGCACCGGCGUUUGGGGCCCAGCCCACGGCCGGCCAUCCUGCGGCGUCAGCACCCGGUGCCUGCGGUGUCUGUGGGGACCACCUCCACCUUUCACGUGAAUCCGCUGGAUGCGCAGAACGAUUUGAUGGGGCUUGGGCUGCCGUCCAUGGGAGCCUCCACUGCCAGCUUGCUGAGCUCCAACCUCGCCUCCACGCAGCCCGCGCCUUCCACCGUUUCGUCCUGGGCUCCCUCGGUGGCGGCAUCCCAGGGCUCAGUGGACCGCAAGUGGUUGGCGCGAGUGGCUCCCAUCAGCUACUUGCCCUCCGAGGCGGGCACCUGCGCCAUGCGCAAAGACUUGUUGAUGGAGGAGCUCCAGCGGCUGGCGGGGCGCAAGUCCAUGCGCAUGCAGCGCACCGUGCAGGCCCUGGACUCGUUGACUUCUGCAGGAAGUGCUGGUGGGUACCUGUCCUUCGAAAAUUGGGGCCUCACCGAUGAUUACCUGGAAGCCCUCCUGGAGGCUCACGACGGUCUGGGUGUGAGGGAGAAGAAGAUCACGGAUGUUCCCAACGGCCUGGUAGGGGUGAAGCACAUCCACCUGGGCGGCAACCUGCUGACGGAGCGGGGGCUGCAGGUCUUGGUCUCAGUGGAAGGCCCCGCCGAUACCUUGCAGACCUUGAAUCUGACUUCCAACCGGCUGGGCUUACAGGGCGGCAGCCUCUGCGAUUCUGUCGCCAGCCUGUAUAGCCUCGUGGAGCUGGACCUGGGCAGCAACCAGCUGGGCGACGCCGUCACCGCGGAGCUCUGCAGAGCGCUGGCGCAAGGCUGCCCCUUGUUGGAAGGGCUGGGCCUCGCGAGGUGCCGCAUUGGGGAGUCCUGGCGUGCUGCUGCUGCGGGCAAAGCGCUCAAGGAGCUUCUCGUGAAGUGUCCCAAUCUGAAAGUGCUGGACCUGGCGUGGAACGCCCUGCACGGCGACGCGGCGGAGGCGCUGCUGGAGGGCCUCUACGAGAACGGCAAGGCAGACGGGGACAGCGGCCUGCGGCGCUUGGGCCUGGCGUGGAACCGCCUCGGGAGCAAGGCUUCUGGCUCCGUGUCCCGCAGCCCCGCCACCGCUUGA